UGAUUUCACUUACGGCACAGCAGCAGUAACAUAACAUAACAUCAUCAGUCAAACAAAAGAAAAUGUCGAUGACAAUGGAGAACGGAGAUGAGUUUGCUGUUGGUUGUUUCCUGUCAAUUAGGACAACAUUGGGUGAUGAAUUUGAAGGUCAAGUUAUGACCUUUGAUCGUGAAACAAACUACCUCGUACUCCAAGAAUCCUCCAAACAUGGUCCUCGUCGAAACAUUAGACUUUUGAAAGCUGAUUAUAUCAAAGAUUUCACCUUUUUAGGUCAAGGUCAAGACCCACUUCAUUCUCAUGAUUGUUCCCUUGAUCUUAAUGCUCUUCAAUCAAGGGAAGAACUUGCAAUUAGACAAGCUGAAGCAGAUGCUGAGAGGAUUGGGGUUGGUGUUACCACCGAAGCACAGAACAUCUUUGAUGCUUUAUCUAAAACGCUUCCAGUUCGGUGGGACAAGACUGUCAUAGUUGUGAUGAAUGAGGUGCGUGUCAGCAGUCCUUAUCACUCUGAAUGUGUGAUUGGCGGUACACCUGCUGCAAAUGACCGGGUGAAGAAAGUGCUUGACUUCGAGAGGAAGAGGUUACAACUUCGCAGUUAGGAAACAACGUCCAAGGAAAAAACACACGAUGGAUGUAUUGUAUUCGUUCCAUAUGUUAUCAUCUUUUAUAUUAUAAGCUUGUAUAUACAAGCAAACCCUAAACCCUAAUUUGUUUUUCCUAUUUUCCCUCCAUUUUAUCUUGCAAUUUUUAUUAAAAAAAUAAUACAAUUUUGUCUUGAAUAUGAUUCGAACCGGCAACCAUUCAAUGUAAGGUAAUAUUUUCAACCAC